UAUAUCUGUUUUAAUGAUUUCGUUUUAUUAUUAUUUAAGGAUUAUAUUAUAUAAUAUUCUAAAAAUUUUGCUGUCUGGAGCUUUUGAAAUUUUUGAUUUAUAAUUUUAUAAAAUGGCUGGUGAAGUUAUUGUUGAUGCUCUUCCGUAUAUAGAUCAAGGAUAUGAUGAACCCGGCAUUCGUGAAGCAGCAAUGAGUAUGGUUGAAGAUGAAAAACGACGUUAUAGACCUUCAAAAAACUAUCUUGAACAUUUGCCUCAACUCAACAUUUCAGCAUUUGAAACUGAAAUGAUGCGCUCAGAAUUUGAUAGACUUCAGCAGCGUUUGCCAAUGGAAACAAUGAGCAUGAAACGUUAUGAACUACCACCUCCUCCUGCAGGAAAACUUACAGAUAUGUCAGCAUGGAAUGAAUGCUUAGAAAAUUCAAUGGCUCAACUUGAGCAUCAAGCUACAAGAAUAACUAAUUUAGAGUUAAUGACUGAAUUUGGUACAGAAGCAUGGAAAUCGUAUCUAGAAGUUCUAGUAAAAUGUGUUGCAGCAGCUCAAAAACAAGUUACUAAAUUAAGAAAACAGAUUCAAGAAGUUAAUUUUCAACGAAAAAAUGUACAAAUGCAAGUAGGAGAAAAAUUGAGAGAUUUAGAAGCUAAUUGGGUUGGAUUGGUGAGCAAAAACUAUGAAAUAGAAUUGGCAUGUGCCCAUCUAGAGAAACAAAUUAGAGCCCAUGAAAUUGCCAAUGCUAGUCAAAUAGAAACGAGUUAAAAAAAUUUAAGAUCAUGACAUUACUCAUACCAUGUAAUUAUGGUGAAUGAUGUGUAUAAACAAUAGUAAUUAAAUCAAUAUAUUUUUAAUUUUUA